AUGCCGGGAAUUAAGAUUACCGCCUGGCGGGGUAGAGGCAACCCUGCCCAAUGCCAUAGGUGUCAGCAGUUCAGACACUCCAGCAAGAACUGCCACCGCCCAUUGACCUGCGUGAGAUGCGCUGAAGAGCACCUCGCGCGCGACUGCCCUGUCCCCCGCACCGAGAGGCCGCAGUGUGCCAACUGCAGAGGGCAACACGCGGCCAAUAGCAAAAAAUGCCCGGUAUACAUUGCCGAGGCACGAAACAAGCAGGCUGGCACGAUUUCCCGAACCGGUGCCGCCCGCCCUACCCGCCCUAUCCGCCCUGACAUGACACCUUCCCUCCCGGAGCAGGAGAUGCCCCCGCCCCCGCCUUCCGCCACCUCACUCAUGGCGGAGGCCAACGACCCCAUCCCCCGCCGCACCCCCUCGACGGCCUAUGAGCAGCGACCGAAGAAGAAGAGGGUGCGCACCAGGAGGGUGAGGCGUACCACUUCUUCGGCGGCGCCGACUGACUCCGAGCUGGAGACGUCGACGCCCCCCGCUUCGGACCGCGAAGACAUUGCCGCGGCCCCUCCGCGGCCGCAGCGCCCCCCGCGCACUCCACGCACCCCGCGCGCCCCCCGUGGCCCUCGGGCGCGCGAAGAGGACGCCACCGCAACUAGGGCCGUCAGCGGCGCUGCCCCAGCAGCCCUCGCUGCCACCCUAGCCUCGGCAGCCACUACCGCACCUGCACACCGCCCGGUCUCACGAGGGCGUGCUGCAGGGACCUCUGACAGGGACAAUCAGGCGACAAUCAGGGCAGCGCCCGUGGCCAUUCCACCGCCGCCGCCGCGCCCUGCCCGCGACUGGGAGGUGUUCUCCCAGCGCCUCCAUAACUCCACCCCCAAUUUUCCGGUGGUCUCUGCUGAAGAUGUAGAAAAUCUGACGCAGCAGAUCACCGCCUCCAUCACUUCGGCCAUGGAAGCGGCCUCACAGACGGCCACAAGCCACAGCCGUAAAAGGGACGCACUGCCGAGCCACAUCGCCGACCUCAUUAAGGAGAAGAAGAAGUUGCGCAGGCGAUGGCAGGCGACCCGUUGCCCUCAACUCAAGACCGAGCUUAACCGCCUCACAGACCGGGUUAAGACGGCGAUGCGGGAGAAAAAUGCUGCCGACUGGACCCGGUGCAUUUUGGAAGCCGGUGAGGACUGGCAGUCCUUGCACCGCCUCUGCCGCAACCUCACCCACGCCACAGCCCCGACCAGACGAUGGCGAUGA